UUUGAAGGUCGUCGAGAUGACAUAAUGUCGUUGAAGAUUCGUCCUAUAUCACGCACCAUCACGAUGGCACCAUCUUCGUUACUUGAAGGAUGGACGUUAUCACACAUCAUGUGCCUGAACUCCAUCCAAAUCUAAAAAUGUCUUGAUUUGACCGCUUCUUCACGAAUUAUCGAGCCGACGCACCAAUCACUUUACGAUGGUUUGACCUUCAAGGGCUCAGCAACCUCCAUCAGUGGACGAUACCGUUGAGGCGUUGCUGCAUUUGCGGCACCCUAUUCGAAAACACCUGAACGGAAUCAACGAUAAUAUAUUGUACUCUAAUGCUUGGUAAAAUCGGUUACGAUGCGUCCUGGUUAUCUUCAAUACCGUGGAAGGCUAUCCACUAUGCUCUGUUAUUUUUGAUGAUUGAAAUAGUGACUUUUGCGUAUGGAGUUAUGGUGUUUAUUCUCCUAUACCAAACCUACAUUCCAACCGUAAAAUUGGAAAGAGAAUUAGAUUUAGUGUUUGAUACAAAAUGUAAUGUACGAACGGGGUGUCCCAACGUUUGCAGUUUUCCUACAGCCAAUUUCUCUGUUUCUGAAAGUGGAAUAUCUCUCUUAACACCCAAAUAUCCGUACAUGCUCAUGCUAAACCUAUGGCUUCCAGAUUCCAUUCAUAAUAGAAAUGCAGGUAUGAGUAUUAUCACCCUAGAACUAUAUGGCCGUGAACAUGUUCUUAUACAGCGAUUCCGAAAACCAUUUUCAAUGCCUUAUCGAUCUAGUGAAGUUCGAAUGAUAAGUAAUAUACUGUUUGCCCCCCUGUAUAUAAUCGGUAGGAUGAAAGAAGAACUGCUGCUUUCAAUUGAGAUGUCAUCUAGUUUCCAGUUCGAUGCGACUCAACCAGUUUUGGAAGGUCGUAUCAUUAUGGAGUCCAAACGCUACUUAUGGUCAGCUUUGGAGCUUAAAAUACAGACGACGCUUAGCGGAUUUCAAAACGUUCUAUACUACUAUCCACAGGUUUCUUUCAUAAUUUGCAUAUCUGUCGUUUCAUUCCUUAUGAACAUGAUCUACAUAUCAUCCAUUCUUUUAUACAUUUUAUGGCGAUUUCUCAAGAAAUCCAGAAAUCCCGAACUUUCAAAGGUUAAAGAUGAACCGAAACCUGAAAACUACCCACUAUGCGGUGAGAUUGACUCUGAAGAUAAUUCAUUUUCAGAUUAAAUCUACGUAGAAAUUUGUAUCACCGUUGACAUUAUUCAUCACUUUCAGUUUCAUUACAGGUCUACUGCUGUAAUAACUCAAAUGUUUCCUCUUAAUUUUUUCAUCAUAGCUUAUUUUUUUAUGAAACUAACUAAUUCUAGUCUUUGAAUUACACUCUUUUUUACAACUAAUGGGGUUUGUGAACGCCAUUUGUACUCUUCAGGUGUUGACACGGGUAGAAAUCCAGUUUUAUUUGGCACAUAACUAAAAUAUUCAUUUUAC